AUGGCUUUGAAAAGUCUCCUUCAGUUUGCAAUCUGCGCGGUUUCCCUCAGGAUCGCGCUUGCGCACCAAGUCCCCUUGGGCAGCACUACUGAACAGCCUGAGACAUGGUUAUCAAAAUACGGUCCACAGAUUGAUCAACCUUUCUCUGGACCAUUGUCAUUUUCUCACAUGCCCUAUUCUCGCUGUCUGGAAGAUGAAUCCGCGCAGUUCGACAUAGCAGUUCUCGGUAUGCCCUUUGACACGGGUACUUCUUACCGCCCUGGCGCUCGCUUUGGACCCUAUGCGAUUCGUUCAGGCAGCAGAAGACAGAGGGAGGCUCGUGGAUAUAGCUUGGCUUGGGGCAAUAACCCGUACGAGCAAGGAUCAAAAAUACUUGAUUGUGGCGAUGUUCCGAUCAUUCCCUUUGACAAUGUUCUUGCCAUGGACCAAAUGCAGGUCGCAUACUCCACCUUGUUAGAUCGUCCUAUCGCCUCCGAUCAGCCUGUUUGGGUGAAGGGUGCUCAGCUUGCGAAGGACGGACGCGAGCAUCCAAGGAUCGUCAGCCUUGGAGGCGAUCACACGAUCGUGCUCCCAAUUCUUCGUGCUCUUAACAAGGUAUACGGACCUGUUUCGGUCAUUCACUUCGAUGCACACCUCGACACCUGGAAUGGAUAUCCGGGAACUGUGUCUGAGCAAUCGCGCAUUACCCACGGAACGUUCUUUUACGUAGCUAAUGAAGAAGGUUUGGUUUCGAACUCGAGCAUCCAUGCUGGUAUUCGAUGCAAACUAGUGGGACUUGAAGACAUUCAAAACGAUGAAUCGGUUGGAUUCCACUUCAUUACGAGCGAUGACAUUGAUGAUCACGGGGUUCCCGCGAUCAUCAAGCGCAUACGGGAGCGUGUUGGUGACACCCCUGUCUACUUGAGUUUAGAUAUUGAUGUCAUUGAUCCUGGUCUUGCACCUGCUACGGGAACUCCCGAGGCAGGAGGCUGGACGAGUAGGGAGGUCAAACGAAUCAUUCGUGGCCUAGCCGGAUUGAACUUCGUUGGCGCCGACAUAGUAGAGGUCGCCCCUGUCUAUGACCAUGCCGAAAUCACAGGCACGGCUGCGGCUGACCUAGUCCACGAUUUUCUAUCGAUGUUCAUGUCUCAGUCUCCUCCCACGCCACACGCACUUCCAGGUUCUUGGCCUCGCGAUGAACUUUGA